AUGCAAGGCCAGGCCCUUGACGCCGCGGCUCGAGGUUCGGGGCUGCUCGUCAGCCUGUCGGCUACGACAUUAGUGGUGAGCGGCCUUGGCGUGGCUCGUGCAGCCGGGCGUCCUGGCUUGCUGGCGCCGGGCAGAUCCGAGUUCUGUAUGCCUUCGUGCAAUACGCGUAUGGGUCUGGCGUGCGAGGAGGCGAAGGAGCAAGCUGGGCUGUCAGGGCAGGCACGAGCUGUCAGAGCAUCUUGGGGCGCAUGUCGCCCGCAGGAGAAACGAGGUCGGUGCAGGGGCUGUCGUUCGGAGGAACGCUGGCUGUGGCUUGGCGCGUUCAUGGCCCAGGCUGCAGGUUGA